ACUUCACACCCGAUAACCUUUCUGUUUCAAAAAAUGGCUCCCCGCUGAUAAUACGGGAGUGUUACGACCCUGGAUAACAGGAGGCGUAAAUUUAAGGAAGCUUUUCGAAGGGAAUAAAACCAUGCAAAGGAUUUCGGAUUCAGAAAAAAAAAAUGAUGAAAAGCUUAUCCAUUCCAUGAUAAAGCUAAUAUCUGGAAUUAGAUCUAUGAUUUCUUUAUCUGCAGAGUGCAGAGAUAUCUUUGUUACUCUGAAAUUUGCUAACUAAACUUAACCUUGAUUCUGGAUUGAAAGAUCAAAAUAUUUAUUCUGAGUUUUGCUUAUUUAAUAGACAAACUGGUUUAUUACUUGCAAUUUUGGUAAUCUAAUAAUGAAUAGUUCUAAUAGUUGCGAUAUAUGCAAAAGAUCUUUCAGUGACCGAAAAAAUUUACGGAAGCAUAUAAAAAAAUUUCAUCCAGGUGAUGAUAAAUUAGAAGAAUUGGCACCACUCAAAACAUUUGAAUGUGCUGCAAUAUGUGAAAUGUGCGCUAAAACUUUCGUUAGAAAUUCUGCCCUAAUGCAACAUAUAAGAAAAUAUCAUGCAGAUAAGCUAGAUCCUAAGAAGUAUACAUAUAAAUGUGAUAAGUGUCUAAAUCACUUCUCUCAUGCAAGGAACUUAAAUCAUCAUAUGAAAUUAAUUCAUCAAGAGAAUUCCAGUGGACUGAAAUGCAUUUUGUGCAGUAAUGAUACUGCUUUGAAAAAAUCUGAUCUAAUCAAACAUUUCAGAACGGUACAUGCUGUAAAUAUAGUAAUGGAAUCAUUACAAUUUUCCAGCUUAGAAGAAUUUGAGAUUUGGAAAAAACAAGAAGAACGAGAAAGAAAAGAGUCAUUCAUAAAAACUCGUGGAACGUACAAAUGGAAAAAUUAUAGUAAAGCAUUAUAUACUUGUCAUAGAUCUGGAUUUUUCAAAAGUAGUGGGAAGAACAUACACAAUUUGAAAACUCAACAAUCUAAAAAAAUCAAUGGGUAUUGCCCAGCAGAAAUUUGUGUUGAAAAGAUUAAUAAUAAGUUUCAAGUGAAAUAUAUUAGCACACAUGUAGGACACGGUAAUAAUUUAGACCAUCUGAACAUAAGUGAAACUCACCAACUGGUUCCAGAAGAAAUUUUCAUUAAAACUGAAUUAUCCAAUGAGUCCAAUGAUAAUUAUAAAGAUCGUUUGGUGGCUGAAACUCAGAAAAUAAGAAUUGAGAUAUCAAAUAUACUUGAUACAGUCACAACCUUUGAAGAAUUAGAUGUGAUAAAUAAAUUGCUAGCUCCAGUUUUACCUACCCUAAAUGCUAUCAGAGAUAGGAGGGAACUUGAUAAAUGUCAUAAUAAUACACUAGGCAACAAAAACAUGAGUAAACUAUUUCAAUUGUUAAAUCAAAAAUAAUUUUAUUAUUUGGGGAAAUAAAAUUUUCCUUUUAUGUA